GAACUACCAGCCCUCUGGAGAGAGAGUGAUAGUGUGUGUUUGCGUGUGUGUGUGAGCGUGUGAGAUAGAGUGAGAAAAUGUGGAGGCGUAGAGCAAUGCAAAGACCGUCUCGUGGAGUUACAUUGCCAUUACGCACUAUUACGCACUGACAGCUACUUUCAAGAGAAGAGUCGCAAAGGAGCGGAUUGUUGGAUUCCUCAAUUGUGCAAAUAGAACAAAGAGGUUUCUCAUCAACAUUCAGCCGAUCAGCAGCAGAACAGAUUGAUCUUCCGAGCAGCGCAGAGGCCAGCUGCCAUCCACCCGCACAGGAAUGGUGGAUCACUUGCCGCUUGGUGAAGAGACCUUCCUGUAUUAUACCGGCUCCCCGGGGUCUGACUACAACUACCACGCCAAUGGUGGCACGUUGCCCGGGAGCAUGGUAACGUACGAUCACCACCACCCCUACCAAGGGGUGGCGCCUUCCUCCUCCCCUCGCCUCUCUGAGGAUGACCUCAGCGACUCCUCCAGCCCUCGGUCCUCGCUCUGCUCCAGCCCGGAGUCCUCGUCACCGACGUUGCGGCACGUCCUCGCCUCCAGCUACGAAAGCAGGAGCAGCAGGAGCAGCGGGAGCAGUGGGAGCUGUAGCUCUUCCGGAGGAGAGAGUCAAGAAAGUUUGCUGGACCUGCUCCUCUCACAGGCCUCCCUUACCACCUCAUUAAGCUCUAAUGCCAACAGCAGCUCUCACUCGUCUCUAUCCCUAUCCUCUGCACCUUCUUCAUCCUCAUCUGCCCCUCUUUUACCAAUGGGCCUGGCCUGGGAGUCCAAGAGGGAGCGGUUGACUCUCAUCCAUCAGCAGGCCAAAGAAGAUGGUUACGAGUUUCCUGUCUUCCUGGACGAACUGCAGGAUCCUACAGCGCUUCUCUUUCAGCCCACCCUGGAGGAGAUUGAGGAGUUCCUGGAGGAGAAUAUGGUGGUGGCAAUGGAGAAGGAAGAGGAGGGGAGCGAUGAGGCGAUGUCGCCAUUGUCGGAAUAUGCUGAGGCGAAAGGUACCAGGACAUUAGCAGGAGAACUUGCAUCAUUACCACAGAACUCCGAUCAGACUGUGCCUGUGGCUCAUUCUCCACUCUCCUCCUAUGCAGAGACCAAACAUACACCAUGUGCAUCUGACAUGGACAGCUCACCAUCAACAGUGGAUGCUAGUUGUAUAGCUGGUUCUCCCAGUUGUGUUGAUGGGAUAAAACAGGAGGAUUGUGGUUCCCCGCAAGCCUCAUCAGAAGGUACAAGUGCCCCCAGUGUGCCUGUCAUCCUACAAAUCCAGCCCAUACAGAUCAAACAAGAGCCAAACCCUAGCGCAGUCUCAGAAGAUGCCACACAGCAAACCCAGUCCCAGGCGAACCAGGCCCCGUCAGAUAUACAAAUCGCCCAACUCCUGGUCAACAUCCAAGGACAGACCUUUGCCUUGGUGCCUCAACUGCUUUCCUCGACAAACAUUGCCGGCUCGAGCAAAAACGGAGCCACCAUUUCACCCAAAUUUGUCCGGAUUGCACCGGUGCCUAUUGCCGCGAAACCCAUUGGGCUCGGGGAAGGUGGGUUUGGCGGUGGCGCGAAUGCAGGGGUCCUCGUUGGAGGUCAGAGGUAUCAGAAGAGUGCAGUAGCAGACCUCAUUAAAAUGCACAAGUGCUCUUUUCCUGGCUGCAAUAAGAUGUACACAAAGAGCAGCCAUCUAAAAGCCCAUCUGAGGAGGCACACUGGGGAGAAACCAUUCGCCUGCACGUGGCCCGGCUGUGGAUGGAGGUUCUCUCGGUCCGACGAGCUGUCCCGACACCGCCGCUCCCACUCGGGAGUGAAGCCAUACCAGUGCAUCGUCUGCGAAAAGAAGUUUGCCCGUAGCGAUCACCUGUCGAAACACCUCAAAGUCCACCGCUUUCCACGAAGCAGCAGGACAGGACGCUCUGCCAACUGAAUCUUCUGACCCCACUCUGACAGACUGACGCAACAGAGAGGGGGGAAGGGGGGCUGCUGUGCUCGUGGAUGUGUGUGUAUUGGUGUGCGACGAAAGACAGGAGGGGAGGGGAGUGAAAGGCCAAACACCUUUUUAAAAGAGUCCGUGCAGGACUCUCGAGCUUGUGUGUGUUUAUGUGUACGCAUGACGUACAUUCAUGGUACUGUUAUAAUUUAUUGGGUGGUGAGGAAAAGACUGUAAAAACUAAACCAAAGCAGAAAACUGUUACUUGACACAACACCCUCACAGGUGAAAUAAGCUUUUUGUAUAUUAUAACUUUUGUAAAAUCUUUAAGCUGAUCUGAUUUGAUGAAAGAUUUGCUACUUUAUUUUUACACUUUGGGGUGUGUGUGUUAUUGUUAGUGCUGGAGUCAUAAGCCUUAUAUAAAUGAAAAAAUGCAAAACUAAGGGGUCUGCUACUACUUAAAACCCCAUUUUGUACCUUCCUGGAGCCAAAUGUUGUUUUAAAGAAAAAGCAAAAACUCAUCGCUUAAUGGCUUGAAUUGAUUUUUGGUUGCCCAACCAAAAGAGCUUUUUGGACAUUGGGAACCUUUGGGGCCUUGGUUUAUUUCUUUGUCAGCAGAGUAAAUGAUGUAUUAACAUUCCUGUUGCUUUGAAUAAGUGUCUCUCUGUUGCCUUUGAGUGUUUUUACAGGAAGUAACCUCAAACACAAGAACAAUGCUCAUGUUCAUGUUGAUUUACUGCUCACCAAGAAACAUCAUGCCACCAUAUAAUUUGCACUGGCACACAGAAAACUUACUGUGGGAAGACAACCAGAAAUUGUGAUUUGACUUGACUCACUGUUCCGUAAAACAUUGUUGUCUAAUCUGGUCGAGAGUGUUUUAGUUGUACCCCAAACAAGUGGGGCACAACUAAAUCCAAUGGUUAUCUGUGAAAUAUUUCAAUUUAAUGUUUUGUCUUCAACUCAUCAUGCGUGAUGCCAUAUCAUUUAUCAUUUGAUGUCACUUUAUUUACUUCAUGUACAAAAGAAUUGUAAAAUAAUACAAGACGUUAGUGACACACAGGGAAAGGCUAGUGUUAUAGUUAGUCUAUAAGGGCUUAUUAUGACACAUAUUUUUCCUAUGAAAUUAUGUACAUAUUUAAUUCAAAUGGAUAUUUUUUGCACUUGUUGAGACUCAAAUGAUGCGCCACAACAUCAAAUAAUAGUUUUACACCAGAUCAACUAAAAAGUAUCAAAGCCAGAAUAUGAACGUUUUGCUCAACAGCACCCCUUGUUACCCAAAUAGCAAUUUCAGGAUAACUGCAAAUAGCAUAACCUAGCAUAGGAUAACAGUAGCACAAAAUACUUAGUUAGAAAAUAUUUGACACCAUAAGCUACUGGUCAUACCAACCUAGGUAAUUUUGUUGCAACAAAACGCUUUACUAAAUUUAGAAAAGCAGUGCUAACUGCUGUAUAUUGCAUAUUGUAAUUCAACAUUUCGUUCCUUUCUUAAAGAGGCAUGAAGUAAAAAUGUUGCUUCGCCUUUAAGAAUCUUCUCUUGCCAUGCAACAUUUUAUUUUCACUUCACCCAACAAUUUGAAAUUAAUAAUUGAAAGAUGACAUUUCAAAUGUAACCAAUUGUUUUUGUUUAUAUAUAUAAACUGGAAUUUUGUGUCAUUACAUUAUGAACAAACAUCUAAGAGGGAUUUGUUAUGAUUCAUUUAUUUAUUUUUUGGUCUUAUUAAGGUAUAUUUGUCAAAGUUAAAUGGAGAAUUUAAGAGGAUUCAAAAUGUUUCUAUGUGUUCUUGGUCUUGAACAUGUAACAUACCUUGCAUGAAAUGACAUCUUGCCAUGAAAUGAAAUGACUUUGUCUUGUACUGUAGGACAACGGUGACUGUUAAGCUUUUUUGUCAUAUUACAUUUACUUGUAUAGAUUUAUUUAGUGUGCUUCGUCCUGCAUCUCAGUUCGAUUAAAUCAAAUGUGUCGGAAAAGGGGGGGGGGCGCAAAAUGCCUGCUGCACAGACAUCGUUUCACGUGACAUCAAGUCAAGGAUCAGUUGUCAUCAUUCAGUAUUGUAAUGAUUUGAUUAAAGGAAAGCUUGAACUGGAAUGGGGUUGUUUUUGUAAAUGUUUGAUUUGCUAACCCAAACCCUGACCCACAAUGAUUGACAGACCCUUUAAGCGUUGGGUACGUAGCAGCUGAAGAGGCGCUGUAUGGAAGAACUAUCGAUAUCAAGCAUUCCUUCCAUACAAUCAGAAGUGACACUUCUCUGAAUGGGUGUCAUAUUUGAGCCGGUGAAUGUAUGUAAAUACUGUAUAUGCAUCUAAAAGCAGAACUGAAAUAUUCUUCUGGUGAUUUCUGUGUUUGUGAUAUAUUUUUUAAAUAUAUGUAAAGAAGGAGUACAUAACGUUAUAAUUCAAAUAUAGAGUGAAAAUGAAGCGACUUUUGUACGUUUUUUACAAAACACAGAGAAAAAGGCUUAUCAAAUGUUUCAUAAUACAUCUCUGGAUAAAUGUUUAACAUGUAUUCUUCCCCAAGCAUUUCGCUAACAUUUUCUAAACUUGCACACCCACUUUGUCUGGUGCAAAUUGCAAUACAGCAAAAAUGUAUUAUGAAACAUGUGAUGAUAUGUUGUGCUUUGUAAACCAAUAUAAAUAAAGAGUUGCUUAAAAUGUUAUAUUUUUGCUUUUGUUCAUAUGUAAAACACAUUUACAAUA